UGCGCAGCACAGCCGUCGCUUGGUCCCCCUUCCACGCAUGCGCAGGCGGAUCCCGGGCAACCAACGGGUCCCUGACUCCCUGUCAGUGUCCGUGGCCGGCGCAUAGGAGGGCGGAGAACGCUGCCGGGAUCCAGAAGGGAAGCCCCGGUAACGGGGAGGCAGCGGGACGGUGCGGCUGUAUGGUGACAGGAGGGAGGGGUCACCGGCGCCGCCUUCUCAGCGUCAGACCCCGGCCCGGUGACAUGUAGGCCCUGGAGGCAGUCCGAGUCCCGGUGCCGGCAUGUAAGAGGGCUCCGCCGGUGUCUGCUCAUUACCCCGGGCCCAGAGAGAUGGUGGAUAUCGGCAUUUGUGCUUCUGGAGACGGCAGCAGAAGGAAGAUGGAUUAUUUUGCGGAGUGUCCGGUGGAGGUUGUACCGCUGGACAUGUACGACUCCUUCAGGGCUAAAAUUGCUGCUAACCUACAUUGGAUUUGUGCUAAAGCCUAUGGAAUUGACAAUGUUCCGGAUGAGCUGAAGGAUCCCUUCUACGUAGACCAGUAUGAGCAGGAGCACAUCAAGCCACCUGUCAUCAAGCUGCUUCUCUCCAGCGAGCUGUACUGCCGCGUCUGCAGCCUGAUCCUGAAAGGGGACCAGGUGGCAGGACUGCAGGGGCACCAGCCCGUCAUUGAGGCCCUCUCCCAGAAGGGGAUUUACGUCAUGGAGAGCGACGAGGCACCCGUGUCCGACGCCGACCUCAGCUUCGCUCCCAUCAAGAUGAGUGCACACAUGUCCAUGAUCGACGCUCUAAUGAUGGUGUACACUGUGGAAAUGAUCAGUAUUGAGAAGGUGGUGGCGAGCGUCAAGCGAUUCUCUACGUUCAGCGCCUCCAAAGAGCUGCCCUACGAUCUAGAGGACGCCAUGGUUUUCUGGAUCAAUAAGGUGAACUUAAAAAUGAGGGAGAUUCUGGAGAAAGAGCAGAGGUUAAAGCAGCAGAUAAUCGAGAGCCCCAGUCAUCAGAAGUCUCCCUCAAAAUGGUAUUGGAAGUUAGUACCUGUACGCUACCGACGCGAUCACCCCUCCAAUAGGCAGCUUCCUUACUUUCCAUUACUUGAAGACCUGAUGAAGGAUAUUAGCGAUGGUGCGGCCCUCCUGACCGUCAUACACUACUACUGCCCGGAGCAGAUGAAGUUGGAUGACAUCUGUCUAAAGGAAGUCCCGUCAAUGGGCGACAGCCUGUAUAACAUCCAGCUUCUGAAGGAAUUCUCCAGCGAAUACUUAAACAGAUGCUUUUACCUGACCCUAGAAGAUAUGCUGUAUUCCCCAUUAGUACUGAAGCCCAAUAUCAUGGUUUUCAUCGCAGAGCUUUUCUGGUGGUUUGAGAACGUAAAACCUGACUUUGUUCAACCCAGAGACGUGCAAGAAUCAAAAGAAGCUAAAGCGGUAUUGCCGCAUAAAAGCAGCAGACCCCAGAUUCCUAUAUCCAAUGCGACAAAGCGGAGUUUCAUGGCCAGUCCAGCCAGCACAUCUGAUUCCCCUUCGGCAGCUCAAACUAUAUGUGAAGCCAGCAGCAGAAGCUACGUACAGCCUGAGGAUGCAGAGAACGGGAAAGGAGGCGCAGCGUUCGGUCCGUCCCAUUCGCUACUGCCCUUAAGACAAAAGCAGCAGAAGACGGUUCAGUCGGAAGACAGCCCUAAUCACCGAGAUCGUUCCAAUUCCUUGACGCGGUCUGACGCCUCUCCUCGAUCGUCUGUGAUGGCCUGGGCAGAGAAACGGCCGAGACCCCUGUCCCAGCCGCCGUUUGCCCUCCACUGUUCAGAUGACAUCGAUGCAGCAUCUGGUGAUAGCAUCAGCCUUGCGAGGUCAAUCAGUAAGGACAGCCUAGCUUCCAACAUCAUCAAUGCAACGCCGAAACACCACCUACCGACGCCAUCUGCGCCCGUCAGGAACCUGAUGGGAAAUGUAGAUAUGGACGAUGAUGAGGAAGAGCUUGUUGCAUUUAUAAGAUCAGAUGAGACCUCAAGCCAAGGAGACCUGGAGUUACAGAGCAUCUCCUCCCGGGCCUCCAGUCAGCAGGUCACAGCAAGGUCGCCAAGAAGACCACCAGAAGGUGAUGUGGAGAGCAAGCCGGAGAGUUUCUACCUGGAGCCCCUAAUGCCGGCUGUUCUCAAACCGGCAAAAGAAAAGCAAAUUGUUCACAAGAGAGACGAGUAUGGGGACGGCAAGCCCAGAGGGUUUGCUUCUAGACGUCACAAUGAGGGGACCCAGUCGUUUCCUAGGAAGAAAGUCACCACUAAUCACACGACGCAUGAUUUAAAUAGAACUUUCACCCCUGUUAGCAGUACAGAAUUAUCUGCCACAGACUGUCCUAGAGUAGAUGCUCUACAGGCCACGGAAACCGGCGGUAGCACGUUCAGGCCCCUUGCAACUAGCAGCAUCGACCCGUCCGAGCAGCCAGGCGGCGGCUUUUUUCUCCAUGACUCUAAAGCGGAUUGUGCAGAUGAAGAAAUACCGCUACAUUAUAUAGUGGACACGCUCCCCGAUCCGGAAAGCACGUGGACAGUAUUACGAAACGAUUCUGAUUCUGAUAACCUAGAUCUGGAAGAGUGCGAACCGGAACACCUGCCUUCCCGACCUUUGUGUAAAUACAUAGGGGAAGAAGAGUCUGCCAAGCUGCAGGAAGACAUGAAAGUGAAGGAGCAUGAUGACAAAGACGAUGGAAGUGGGCGCUCCAGCCCCUGUCUGAGUACCAUCUCCCAGGUGAGCAGCGUCUCUAUGGCCAGUGGAAACGUGCGGAUGACUAGCUUUGCCGAGAGGAAGUUUCAGAGACUGAACAGCUACGAAACAAAGUCUAGUACGAGCAGUUCACAGAAGACCACGCCGGACGGCUCCGAGUGCUGCCUCCCUCCCCUGACCACCUGGAAGCAGCGGAGAGAGCAGAGCCCCGGGAGGCAAAACAAAGACCACACGAACGUCCUGGCGUCUGAACUUGUGCAACUGCACAUGCAGCUAGAGGAGAAGAGGAGGGCCAUCGAGGCGCAGAAGAAGAAGAUGGAGUCGCUGUCUGCCCGGCAGCGCUUAAAGCUGGGGAAAGAGGCCUUCUUGAAUGUUGUGAAGAAAGGCAAACAUGAAGGAACUUCUCAUCCACUGAAGCCAGAACAUUGCCCCAAGGACUAUGCCAAGCAGAGCGCGGAGGCGUGCGAUCCCGUCACCAUGAACUUCAAGGCAGAGCAGUACCUUGAGAAAUCGGACCUGGCAAGCGAGGUGUCCAAAGAACCUAAGUUUCAAGACUUUUUUGAUCAGAAACCAAAAGGGCUGGAUUUAGAAGAAGGCGGUGUCUGCGGCGUCAUCGCCGAUGGUAGUCCUGAGGACAUCGACUCUGAGAUAGAUGCCAGCGAGUGUGACCUGUCCAUUGAGAAGCUGAAUGAAACCAUCAGCACCUUACAGCAGGCUAUACUGAAAAUCUCCCAACAGCAAGAGAUGCUGAUGAAGACCCCAGCCUCUGCGGUGCCAGCCCUUAAGAAUAACACUCAACAAGACCAUAAGUUAAAGCCUCCCAUUCAUUUCGUGGAACCUUUGUCCCCAACAAGCGUUGCAACAGGGCCUCGCAAAACCCAACGAUUCGGUCAGGGCCGAAACUCCCGAUCGUCGCGGACUUUCGAUCAUAAAUCCUCUAAAGAUAAAACCUCUCGUAUUAUUACACCGGCCCAAAGUAUAGAAACUUUACCCCAUUUAAAAACGGUUCAUGCUCUGAAAUCGCCUACCGUCCCCACCGAAGAUCUUGUCGUAGAUAACGGCGCAGAGCAAGGAGAUGGCCUUGGUCAGGAUAAAUCUGCAGGCGGUUUCCGACUGCACGAGGAGAAUAACCAGAGGACGUUUGUUCUGUCCACCUCUAAGGAUGCCAAUAUUAUUUCUGAGCAGAUGCACAGAGAUGCGUUGAACAGUUUGCGUGCGGCUGGCGUGGGGUCCUCGGAGACGGGGAAGGAAAACGUCCCAGUGGAUGAGCAGCUUAAGAGCAAAACUAGUCUUAUUGAGGUGGAUCUGUCUGAGCUGAAAGAUCCCGAUGAAGAAGUUGACCAUGCGGAGAAAUCUACGGACAUUAUAGGCGAAGAUCAGAAGUCUGGUCUUGGCUUUUUCUUUAAGGAUGAACAGAAAGCGGAGGAUGAGCUGGCUAAGAAACGCGCCGCCUUCCUGCUGAAGCAACAGAAGAAAGCGGAGGAAGCCCGACUCCGGAAGCAGCAGCUGGAGGCCGAGGUUGAAAUGAAGAGAGACGAAGCUCGACGGAAAGCCGAGGAGGACCGGAUACGGAAGGACGAGGAAAAGGCCAGACGGGAGCUCAUUAAACAGGAAUAUCUCAGAAGGAAGCAACAAGAGAUCUUAGAAGAGCAGGGAGUAGGGCGGCCCAAGCCCAAACCCAAACCCAAGAAAUCUCGGCCAAAAUCCGUCCAUCGAGAGGAAUCGUACAGCGACUCAGGCACUAAAUACUCCUCUACACCUGAUAACCUGAGCAGUGCACAGUCUGGUUCAAGCCUGUCUUUGGCCUCCGGUGCAACUACGGAGGCUGAGAGCGUCCAUUCUGGAGGAACACCCUCACACAGGGCCAACUCAGUGGAAACGUUGUCUGUGGCGAGCAGGCACCAGAGCAGAAAUGCCGACCGAGAUUGGGAGAAUGCGUCCACUGCAUCGUCCAUCGCAUCCGUGGCGGAAUAUUCAGGUCCCAAACUUUACAAGGAGCCCAGCAGCAAGUCCAAUAAACCAAUAAUACACAACGCUAUAUCCCACUGCUGCCUCGCUGGGAAGGUGAAUGAAUCGGUGAAGAAUUCUACCUUGGACGAGCUAGAAAGGAGCGACUCCAACCAUUACAUCAUCCUCUUCCGGGACGCCGGCUGCCAGUUUCGUGCACUUUAUUCCUAUUACCCGGAAUCUGAAGAGAUCAUCAAACUGACCGGAACCGGCCCUAAAAGCAUCACCAAGAAAAUGAUUGACAAACUUUACAAGUACAGCUCAGACCGGAAGCAGUUUACCGUGAUCCCUGCCAAAACCAUGUCGGUCAGCGUUGACGCCGUGACCAUCCAUAACCACUUGUGGCAAGCCAAGCGACCUGCAUUGCCAAAGAAGACCCCAAUGUGCAAGUGACGCUCGGCGAUGCCACCGAUUAUUCCGCCAGGGUUAGAGAGCGCGCCUUUUCCCCCGUGGACACACACAGUGCAGCACUUUGAAUGUUUAAUUUUGUUUUUUGUUUUCCUUCGUCCAAAGGGAAUUUUAAUGAGCGUUUUACACGGACAAUAGGAAGUAAUAAUGAUAGCUGUCGUAGAUCCCUACUACUCACGCACCACAACCGUUUGCUCAGUGGAAGUGCUCAUUUUUUUCCUUUUGUUUUUCUGUUUUCUCCAUCUCCCCCCAAAAGUGAAUGAGUGAUGUCUGCCGUGAAAUUAAAUCUGACUUCAAUCCCCCUACAGAAGGGGAUACGCUGCAUGCUGCAAACUUCUACCAAGUGGAUUUCCUUUUACUUGAAGUGCUCCUAAAUGUGUAAUAAACCCGCGAGUCUCCCAAACUAACACCCAGCAGCCAGGGAUUGGGGACACAACCUAUAGGAACUCUUAGGACAACCGCAAUUCUCUUGUAUUUACCGCUGGCCUUGUAGCUGCUGUUGGGGGGGGGGGGGGGGGAUUGUCCCCGGAACAAGUCUGACUGAUUCUUUGGGAUCGCAUUCACUACAACAAACGGCUGCCUGGUAAUCUGCACAUCAGAAGGAUAUACUGCUUAAAAACCAGGACUAUUGACCUGAACGCCACUUUUAUUUAAUCUUCCUAUUUUUUUAUUCACCCCAACGGUACUGUGGUAUACGGCUUUCAGAAGUAUUUCAUCUGACAUUGACACCCUGCAAACUACGGUAUAGAAUUAGACGCGUUUCAGUCUGAGCACGGUACUCCGACCUGUGUACAGUAUGGUGGUGCACUAAAAAGAAGAGAGAGAAACAAAUCUGUCCUUUUUAAUGGUUUUAUGAUGUUCUAAUGUAUUCUUAUUUGUUGCCGUGUUCUCGACAAGAAGCACACUGUAGAAGAGAGAGUGUGUGCUGAUCAGCUUAGCUUUUUGUGGGGAGGGGGGGAUGACUACUUAUAUUGUAAAUCAGAAAGGAAUUAUUUUGCUUUCUCUCUUUCAGAAGGAAAUCUGGUUCUCGGUCAAAUAAUGGAAUUUUGCGUUGAAAUUUUAAACUGAUCGUUUUUCAUGCUUACAAUCAGGAUGAGUUGCGUCUUUACAUCCGAGCAAACACUAAAUGCUACGUUACAUUAUUUUUAUUUAAUGCACUUUGGACAGUCUCUUUUUUUUCUGUACAAUUUCACUAAACAUGAUGUGAAUUCCAUUGUUACGUUACACUUUAAAUUAAAGCUCACACCAGAAAUAUUUAAUAUAUUUUUUUGAGAGUAUUACGUUUUUGGGUUGUAUUACUUGAAUUACGCUGGUACUGAGGAAAGACACUAUUACUAUAAAGCAGGCUUCAGCGGCUUGUGGCUGGUAGGGUGUGCUGGGACAUGUAGUUCCACAAGCGCUGCAAGCCAACGGCUGAAGCGGCCUGCUAGGAUGCUAAAUGGUUAUAUUAUAUUGUACUGUCCGGGCAGAGAGCAGGUUGGCUCCGCUGACUGGCUCCUCCUUCCGCGUGACUAGCGAUUGCUGCAGUUCUGUAUAUACUUGUUGAUGUUUAUGUAUAUAACCGGAAGCUUUAUAAGUAUACAGUGCAGAAUACAUUUUGUUAUCAUGCUUUUCCCAUGCCUUGUGUUCCCCACCCCUCACUGUGGAUAUUUAAUUCCAUAUUUAUUUUAUGAAAGCACUGAAAUUAAAUAAAAUGAAAUAAUGUA